GAAGAGCAGCAAAAGCAGCAGAACAAGUGGGAAGAACAGAAGAAGGUAUGGGUCGAGGUGAAAUCGCAAGUGGGUACGUCAAAUUGAAAAUCUAGUGCCCAAAAAAUUGUUCUUUUCUUGGUCUCUACAGUGGGAUUUUAUAUAAGUUCUUUUCUAAAAUUUAAUCCAUACCCAGAUAUCCUCUCCAGUCUCCUAUCAAAUCUACUCUUGGUAUCACUAAUUAUCGAGUUACUCAAGUUUACAGUAAUACUAAAUUACUAUUUACUAAUCGAGUCAGCAUUUUAUACACUGAGUCGUCAAGCAACAUCACUUCCAUUUCUCUAUAAAUACCACCACAAUGUUGUCUUAGUGUCUUAUCUCCUCACAACAUUUGAAGAGUAGUAUUAUAGGGUUUCCUUAAGAGAAAGAUCUACCAUAAUGAAUGGCUUCCAUCUUCGUGACUAUGUCAAAGAAACCUGCUCCUACUACUGUUGUCUCCUCAAACGAGCUCGGCCUUCUUAAGAACCCUAACCCCAAACGUUCUGCAACUUCUUUUGUCCCAAUAUAUUCUUCAUGUUCUUUCCCACGUAACAUGAUGAAAAACAAAAAAGGGUCUCACACUACUGAUGCUCUUCGUCCUAGUUUCACUACUGAUCUUCUUGGUUCAGGAGGUGAAGCUGUAUGACAAAGAAGAAAAGCAUGUGAUGAUGAAGAUAUGGAGUGUUAAAGAGCUGAAAGAAGGUAUUGAGUUGAAGAUCAACUUGCCUGGGUUUGGGAAGGAUGAUAUCAAAGUCACUGUUGAGGGUACCUCUCUUUUUAUCACUACUCUUCUGGGUAAAGAAGAAUAUGAUGUUCUUAUUGUUGGUCCAGAUAUUAAUGAAGAUGAUAUGAACACUUUUAUUACUUUCAACUUGGAUCUUGAUUUCCUAACUUACAGGAAUUGAAAGCUGAGAUGAAGAAUGGACUUCUUAAGAUCUAUAUUCCUAAGAAGGUUGAGGAGAAGAAUGUCAUCCCUGUUAAGGUUGAGUAGUCAAUCUGGUCAGCAGUGUUCUAGAUGAAGAAGGCGGUAGUUGUUAGAUGUUGGUUUUUACUUUCUGUUGUUUUAUGUUUUUGUUGCAUGAAAUUUCCCUUCUAGUUUAGUUUAUCUUUCUCGUUUUAGGGUUUAUGUUAUUAAGAUUUUUGUGGGUUGUGGUGAUCAGAUUGAUGUUUCAAGCAGUGGGUUGUCAAUGAAUCAUCAUGUACUAGUUAUUCAUCAAUCUUAAUCACAAGCAGCUGUUUUAUGUUAUUUUGUCUCUUUAAAUUUCUUUUCAUUGUUAUGAUUUAUCAAUAUACCUAGUUGAUGGAAUAUUGAGAGAUAGCUUCCAUU